GCCGCCAGGUGCCCGACCCCGCCGGCUGCCGCCACGGCCCUCCUUCCUCUCUUCUUCCCACGAGCUCUCGGACGGACGCCCCCCCCCCUUCCCCGGCGCGCUCCCACGCUUGCUCGCUCUCCCGAGAUCUCGUCGGCUUCACGGCAUCCCAGAGAGGCUGAGGUGGGCUCAGGAUGGAAAGGAAGCAGGGCCAGACCUAAUCCACUUAGAAACACCAUCUGGACGGAGGAGUCACCCCCGACAGAGGCUGGGCCUUCUGAGACUUAACUGAAGAAAAAAAAAAUGUUUAUUUCUCCGGAUAAUCACACCUUCCAGCUCCUGUCAUAUCCUGGGCACCCACCUCUAGAUCCCAGCUGCAUGGUACUCUUAAUUAUACUUGUGAAAACAUUCCUCAACAUUCUAAUGAUAGCCAUUCGAAGAAAGGACACCUACCAAAGUUUUCUGGAAUGUUUUUGCAUGUCUGUAGUGCUCCUUGACUUCUUGCUUUUGGUGGGCCUAUCUUUUAUAGCCUAUUUCCAGGACUUUGCCCUUUGGGGCAUUAGGUUUACAAAAUACCACAUCUGCCUGUUACCUCAAAUUAUGUCCUUUGCCUACGGCUUCCUGCACUGCCCGGUUUUUCUUCUAGCCGGUCUGGAUCACUACUUGAACAUCUCUCAGACAUCAAAGACCUUGCACUUCUGUCAAAACGUCUUUUAUUUCUUUUCAGUCAUUUUUAUUUGGAUUGCAGCCCUUGUGUAUGUUUUGGGAGACCCCGUUAUUUACAGAAGCCUGAGUAAACAUGGUCUUCCUUCCUACCAGUGUCCCUUCUACAUUAGCAUCCAGAGCUACUGGCUGUCAGUUUUCAUGGUGGGUGUCCUGCUGGUGGCUUUUGGAACUUGUUGGUCUGAAGUCUUGAUGCUGAUUCAGUCCCUUCACAUCACUUCCUAUAUGAAGGAGACCGCCUUGUACUUUCCCCUUGCACCAGACUGGGAUCACACGGUCAUCUGUAAAAAACAGCUCUUGACCAAGCUCCUCAUCUGUUUUCUUGGAACCUGGCUCCCAUUUGUUUUCCUUCAGAUAAUCAUUCUGGUUUUGGACAUACAGAUUCCAGCCUACGUGGAGAUGAACGUCCCCUGGUUGUAUUUUGUCAACAGUUUUCUCAUUGCCACGGUUUACUGGUUUAGGAGUCAUGAGCUUAAGGUAACAGAAACAAUUUUACACGUGGACCCAUUUGUCAGCUGGAAAUUCUGCUUUCUUCCAUUUACAAUUCCUCAUGCUGAGCAAACGGAAAAGGCUGCAGCAGUAAUAGUCUGUUAAUCUGUUGCUGUGUUGGGUCAUUAAAGCCCAGAGCUCAGUUCAUUGCGAUCAUCUUUGUGAAUGGAGCAGAUGAGCAAAUCUGAGGAUGACCAUCCAAGGAUGGUACAGAAACCACUCCAAGGUACCCAGUCACGUUGAUGUUUGAGGCCACAAAUUGAAAUGCAUGGAUAGGGUUUGGAUCCAGAAAGUUCCAAAAAAAGUUGGUAACCUUUUUUAGAAUUACUAAACAAGAAAUGUUCUUUAAACAUUUUUUUAAAAAGUCAACAACUGCCUUCAUUUUAUUAUUCCAGGAGGUUUUGUACUUCAGAUGGAAAUUUGUUCCAGAUCUCAAAAGCAGAGGUCAUCUGAUGGACCCUAUUAAUGUUUGUAUUACCCUGGUACCAGAUCCUUAUGUCAAUCAGAGACUUACUGACAACUUUGCAGGUGUAUGGUUUCUAUUAAACAUUUU